AUGGAUGCGUCAAUAUUGAGUGUGCAUUGGCACGAGAACAGUGAGCCUAUUUAUAGUGUCAAUUUCCAACCACGAGUCGGUGAUGAUCAAGUUGAUAGAUUAGUUACAGGUGGUGGUGAUAAUAAUGUUAGACUUUGGAGGUUAAAUCAAAUUUCUGACGGAUACAAAGUUGAAUAUUUAUCCACUUUGGCCAAACAUACACAAGCUGUUAAUGCAGUUAGAUUUGAUCCUAAAGGACAAAUAUUAGCAACUGCAGGUGAUGAUGGUACUGUAUUACUUUGGACUUUAAGUGAAUCAAUUGUUAAAGAAUUUGGUCAAGAAUCAGAUGAAGAUAUUCAAGAAUCUUGGAUAUUAAGACAUGCUUGUAGAUCAAGUACUUCAGAAAUUUAUGAUAUUGCAUGGUCACCAGAUUCAAAAUAUUUAAUAACAGGAUCAACUGAUAACGUAUCAAGAAUUUAUGAUGCUUCAAAUGGUCAACAAGUUUGUCAAAUUGCAGAACAUAAUCAUUUUGUACAAGGUGUUGCAUGGGAUCCAUUAAAUCAAUAUAUUGCAACACAAUCGGCUGAUAGAUCUGUUCAUAUUUAUUCACUUACAAAUCCUUCAUCAAAAGAUCAAUCAUUAUCACCAACUGUUUUUUACAAAAUUUCAAGAACAGAAUUACCAACAAGAUCUACUACAAAUAAUUUAAGUUUAAUGGGACCUCCAACUCCUGUAAAAUCAUCAAAUGAAGAUGAUAACUCAACAAAUAACAGUUCAAAUAUAACGAAUUCUUCAAAUCUACCGAAAUCACAAUCAAGUGCUACAACUUCCGCAUCAGCUUCACCUUAUAUCAAAUCACCAAGUCCUUCAUCACCAUUACCAGCAGUUAUGACCCAGACAAAUCCAUUAUUAAAUUUUAAAAAUUUAAAAAAUUCAAUGCUUUAUCAUACAGAAAAUUUAGAAUCAUUUUUCAGAAGACUUUCAUUUUCACCUGAUGGUAAUUUUUUAUUCACACCAUCAGGAAUUUUUAAAAAUAAUUCACAAAAUGAUGAAGUUAAAGAAGAGUUAAUAAAUACUGUUUAUAUUUAUUCAAGAAAUGGAUUAAAUAAACCACCAAUUGCUCAUUUACCAGGUUUAACAAGACCAGCUUUAGCUAUAUCAUUUUCACCAAUUUUUUAUGAAUUAGAUGAACCUGAAAAGAAAGAAUCAAUUUUCAAAUUGCCUUAUAAAAUGAUUUAUGCUGUUGCAACUCAAGAUUCUGUGAUUAUAUAUGAUACACAACAUAUAAAACCAUUAGGAACUGUAUCAAAUAUUCAUUAUAGAACUUUAACAGAUUUGACAUGGUCUGCAAAUGGUGAAUAUUUAGUUGCAAGUGCAGCUGAUGGAUUUUGUUCAGUUAUUAAUUUUAAAUUUAAUUCUUUAGGUAAGAAAUUAAUUGUUGAUUAUAAGUCUUUAUUAAACAAUUCUAAAUCACAAGAUGUUAAAGUUGAUAAUAAAUCAACAUCUUCACCAUCAUCACAAAAUAAAAAAAGACAAACAAAUGAUGUGAAAGAGAUUACAGGUCUUGUUAAGAAGAAACAAAAAUCAAAUACAACAAAAGAGGUUAAACCAACACAAGAAUCUAAAAAGGAAGAUGGUCAAGAAGUGAUUGAUUUAUCCGAAUCAAAAGAACCAAAAUCUAUUAAAGAUCAAUUGAAAAGAGUUACACCAACUCUAGUGAAUGAUGAAGAUAAACAUAAAACAAAUGAAACACAUGUUAUAGAUUAA